ACACACACACACACACACGCACGCACGCACACACACACGCACGUUCAUUACGCACCAGACCCUAGGUACAACUUGUGGAAACUCUGUCAUCAUUAUAAGAAGAUAAUGUAGAAUAUGUUUACACUAGACUUAUAUUCAGGUUAAAUUAGAUUCGGCUGUCUUAUCGAAUUUUAUUAACUUGAAGUGCAAGUGACCCCUUGUCGCUCUCAAAAGUUCUUCACUUGACCGAACAUCAGAGAUGACCACUGAUAGACAUUGAUAUAACAGAAAUGAUAAUAAAUACAAUCUCUCUUUAUAACGCGAGGUAUUGUUCCAAGUGCGCCUCGCACUAAGAAGGUACAUCGCUCUUUGUGAAGCAAAAUGUGGAAGCUGAAUCAACUGUUCGUGAUUGCUAUCUGUUUGGUAUACACAGAAGCAGGUUUCACCUUUGACGCCACGCCUGGCCAGAUACAGACGUGCACCGGAGGUCAUUUGUCUCUGAAAUGUACCCUCAAUGACCCCCAAAACGGCACCGGUCUCGUCCAGCUCAUUUCUCUGAGCAUUUACAAAACUGAAAAUGGCGCGAGAAAGGAAGACCUGGCUUCUAUAGAUGCGUUUUCCAAUGGUAAAGUCCACACAAAACCUUCUUUGACUGCGACCGCAGUAGGCAACAUUUCUUCUACUGCUUCCUCGUAUUUGCUUCUCGACUACCCAGCUCCCCAGGCAGGUGUCACAGGAGACUUUGAAUGUGAAGCUCAUGGCACGAACUUUUUCGGACAUCCUGUCGUUUUGACCUCAGCCACAUCGGUGAACGACGUGACGCCACCCGGGAGUCCUGGGGUUAGUCCAACCGAAGACCUGUCAGUACUGACUGAAUUCCAGUUCCUAAAAGACAAGGAGCAGAAUAAAGUCAGAGGUUAUUUCGGACAGUAUAAGUUUAUCAACUCCAGCGUCUUUAUGGGUCACACGUACUUAGUGUCUGCUAAGCACUUACCUUAUGACGUAGCCUGGUCCCAGUGCGCUAAAUAUGGCGGUUAUUUGGUUGAGAUCAACUCGAAAGUUGAACAUGAAUUUAUCUCAAACUUCAUGGACUCUGUUGACAACUAGCUGAGUUCUUACCUCCGUUAUUUCGUGACUGGAGGGUAUUACAACGGUACCGAUUUCACCUUUCUUCAUCACCCCGAGGACAACAUGUACCUUGACUGGGAUCCCGGAGAGCCUAACUACGGCGAUGACUACUACUGUCUUAGCUUGGGUAAAAGGCAGCAAUGGAAGUUUACAGACACGUUAUGUGAAGCCACGGACGUUUCUACAUUGUGUGAGGUACCGGCCAGCGUUUAAAGACGAACUGUUGCCGUACAUUUUCUUGAAUAAAAAGUGUAUGUAUAUAUGUUGCGACGUGGUGGAAUCAGGCGCUCGUCAAUUUUGGGCAUGUCGUGUUAUUGAUACCAUCUCAAAGCUUGAAUAUUUAUUUUGCCUUUGAAAACUAAAAGAUCCACCUAUCUUGAUUAGAAGUAGAUAUUUUUUCAUUAACGGAAGGGAACAGGGGUACGGGGGGAUAGUUGUCGCGCCUGGUGCCAGAGGAAAAAUCAGAAAAUAUAAGAGUGAAAAUGUCCCCAAAGUUUGGUGACUUCCAAAACUAGAGAGCUCUGCAAAAAUGUUUAUUCAAAUGUACAUUAGAAGAGUUGAUUCGAAAAUAAAUUUGAUAAAAAUUUAAAAAUUGGCCAACAGGGGGGGGGGG